AUGUCUGCCAUUCACAGCGCCAAGCUUCCACGGCGCGAACUGCUUCGCGCCGUGCUUGAGCCACCGCACUCGUUGCGCCGGGCGACCACAAUCAGGACUCCUGGAAUCCAGAGGAACUUGUCCUGGCACUGGCUUGCCGGAGCGGCCGGUGUCAUCGGAUAUGUCGUAUACAUGUACUUCUCCUACUUCUAUGCCAGACAGUUUACCAAAUACCCACCCGAAAUUGCGAAGUCCCUGAGACGUGCUCUCCACUACAGCAAUUACUACGAGGACCCGAAGCUCGCCCUGAAGUACUACAAGCUGGCCAUUGAACAAUGCAAUGAGCAUGGUCUGGACCCCUUUUCGGAUGAGGUGGUUGGUAUCAAGAUCCAGCUUGCUGCUUGGCUCGAGAGGAUCAGCAAUGUGGAGAAUGCAAUCCAUGUCUUGGAGCUCGUCUUGACCGAGAACAAGAAGUGGCUGAACACGGCCGCGUCUGCACCUGAGAAGCUCCCACGGGCACCUCGCCCCGGUACGAAAGUGGGAGAAGGCGAGACAGAGAAGACUAUUACCCAAGAGGACUUUGACAAAUGGCUGCGCUCUUCGCGCACCAGGAUCUUGGGCAAGUCAGUCGGAAUUAGCACCAAGCUGGGAGAACUAUAUGCGCACGAGCAGAUUCUUGAGAAUGACAAGGCCCAUGAGCGUCUGAUGUGGGCUGUCGAGACUGCUCUGGGAGAGUUUCGUCGGCGGACUACCGAGGGCGUCAAAGCGGGCGAAGGAGCGUGGAUGACUCCCGAAGAAAUCGGUGGCGCACUGGAGUCCCUCGCCCACAGCUAUGAACGGAAGUCUGAAUUCGACCUGGCGCUGCCAUUAUUCUUCCAAGCCCUUAGGCUUUGCCAAGAUCAAUGCCACAUGGCUGUUAUCAUGAAUAACCUCGCCGUGACUUUCGCUCAGCAUCCACCCCGGGCUCCUUACGAAACACUCGCAGGAAUUGUCCCUGGCGAAGGUGAUGCAGCUCCAAAAUCCAACUCAGGCGAACAGUGGACGCGCAAGGACCUCCUUGAGUCAGGACAAAGAUGGGCCAAGAACGCAUAUCGUCACGCGAAGGAACCAACUGGGGAGAAGCGAACACCCGAAUGUGAUGAGGCUUGCGCUGUGGCACUUGUUAACCUCGGUGAAAUCGCAGCCAUGGCAGGUGAUGUCGAAGAGGCGCGUCGACUGUACGAACAGAGCAUCAAGCUCAGUGAGAAGAAUGGCUUCGCGGCAGGUGUUGCGCAGGCUCAAGCUGGGCUGAAGCGCCUUGCACAAUAA